UGUUCAAUUGUUUGUUUAAAUCAAUUCUUAUUUAGUUACAAUUAAUCGUUUUUCUAAUUGUUUUUUUCAUUGAUUUACAAUUUCGACAAACAUUUUCUAUCAUAAGUGAAUUAUGAGUGGUUUAAAAAAGGAAGAGGUUGCUCGGUAUAGUCGCCAAUUGUUAUUACCUGAGAUUGGUGUUGAUGGACAAUUAAAGUUAAAAUCAUCUUCGGUGUUAAUUGUUGGCUGUGGUGGUCUGGGUUGUCCAUGUGCUAUUUAUCUUGCCGCUGCUGGUGUUGGUAAAAUUGGAUUAGUUGAUCAUGAUAAAGUGGAACUGUCUAAUCUUCACCGGCAGAUACUUCAUACAGAAUCAAGAGUUGGAACUUCUAAAGCUGCUUCAGUCAAGGAAUCUUUAAAUCAAUUAAAUUCAAACCUUUCGAUUACAAUUUAUGACACGAAAUUUGAUCAAACAAAUGCUAUUGACAUAGUAAAGGAAUAUGAUGUUAUUGUUGAUGCCACCGAUAAUGCACCAACUCGAUAUUUAAUCAACGAUGCCGCGGUGAUCAACAAUAAACCCUUGGUCUCUGGAGCUGCCCUACGAUUUGAAGGACAAUUAACUGUUUAUCAUUAUGAUUCCAAGACACCAUGUUACCGUUGUCUCUUUCCAAAACCACCACCUCCGGGUACAGUUACUAAUUGUUCAGAUGGAGGAGUAUUGGGUGUAAUUCCUGGUAUAAUUGGUUCACUUCAAUCACUGGAAGUGAUUAAGAUGAUCACUGGUCUUGGAACAUCUUAUGCUGGUAAAAUGCUUCUUUAUGAUGGAUUAACUGGAUCAAUUAGAAAUGUUAAAUUGCGAGAAAAAUGUUCCAAUUGUGCUGUUUGUGGUGAUUCUCCAACAAUUGAUGGACAAUUAAUUGAUUAUGAACAAUUCUGUGGUACACCGAUGUGCGAUGAUGGUAAAAUUUUAAAAAUUCUCACUCCAGAGGAAAGGAUUACCUGUCAAGAAUAUAAGGAGACAAUUGUUGACACCAAUACACCUCAUCUUUUAAUUGAUGUACGAUCAUCAUUACAAGCAUCAAUUGUUAAAUUACCCAAUGCAAUUAAUUUACCUUUAGAUGUUAUCAAUAGACCAAAUGGAUUGGAUAGUAUUAAGGAAUUAAUUGAUUCAAAGAAAGUGGAUAAAGUAUUUUUCAUGUGUCGCCGUGGAAAUGCCUCACAAAAAGCAUGUCGCCUCGUCAAAGAUAAUUUAGUUAAUUGUCAUCUAAUUCAGUUUAAAGAUAUAAUCGGUGGUAUUACCGCUUGGGCCAAAGAGAUUGACCAACAAAUACCAAUCUAUUAAAAUCUUUUAUUCUAAACUCGUUGGUAAUUCUUACCACUGGAAAUUCGUCCAUUUUUGUAUUCAGAUUAUUAAUUGUUUCGCCUGAAAUUAAGAUAACAAUAAAACUAAUUGUUUCAUUUUUCCAAGCAACAAUUAAGCAAACAUCUAUCGAAAUAGUCUAUUCCCACAGCAGAAAAAUCAAAAUUUCUGAUCAAUACUCUCAAAGAACUUGAUGUUUUUUUGUUCUUUAUUAAAGUUGAAAUCAAUUGUUUCUCUCUUUCUUUUUGAAUAACUUUAA